AUGGGAAAGCAAUGUCGCAUUCCAGAAUCUCGACCUAAGAAACGAAAGCUCCGGAUGCGAGGAAGAAUUGAUUUGUUGGAGAACAAUUACGCCGAGAUAAUCUCGCUACUGAAGCAGUCGCGCCAUGAACCCUGUGUAUCAAAGUCUCAGAAUAUUCACUCCCCUCCAUCAAACGUGGAUGAGGCCCUUGUCGAAGUACCACCCGUUGAACAGGAAAUGCUCCUCCGUACCUACAGACGCAUGUCGAAGAACAACUUCCCUUACGUUCUAAUCCCAGAAACUUGGUCAUCAGCCUCAUUGAUCGCAGAGCGCCCCAUGCUGGCUCAGGCAAUUUUUAUCGUGACCUCCUGGGCUUCUCCUGUGCGGCAGGCUUCAUUGAAACAACAGUUUGUGAAAGAACUAGGGGACAGAUAUUUUCUGAAGUCAGAGAGAUCAUUGGAUCUGUUUCAGGCAGUGAUUGUUUAUUUCGCUUGGUAUGGUGCCAUGUCCAGAACGAAACUCGAACAUCCUACUUAUACAUCUCCUGACAGGUGCCACUGGUAUGCUUCUCCGGUAGUAUUUCAGUCUUGUAGGCUGGGUGCGCUUGUUGUGUCGAUGGCCGCCGAGCUUGGUAUUCCUCAGAAAUCUGUGAACCCCACACAGCACGAAAUGAUUCUGGCUUCGCCUGGUGAGCCGGUCCCCGCAGAACCUGCAUCUGCAAGCCAGAAUUAUCAUACCAAUUCCUGGAGUUUGGAAGCAAAGAGAGCUUACAUUGGGGCAUUCGUCAUUUCGAUCUUCUGCCUGUUAUGGUAUAGAAAGCCCUCAAGGUUGAUAAACAAGCAAUACCUGGAUGAAUGUGCUGCGAGCUUGGCGGCAGAUUCGCAGUAUCCUUCAGACGAAACCCUCGUGCAUGUAGUGCGUUCUCUGCAGAUUACAGAGCUGACGAGCGACCUAUUCGACCACGGCUCAAAGGAGAAGUCAUGCGGUUUCAACGACGAACAAGUGCAAGUCUUUGUUAAUACACUAUCUAGACAUCUGGAAGAUUCGAAAGCAGCUCUUCCUCCAAGCGUGCAGAGUUACGUCGUCCGCCAGUUCUACAUUGGCUGUGCUUAUAUUCACGAAGUUGGCCUCUACGGCCACAUGCAGGGACAGCAUCUCUCAUUCACCCGCGUGUCCAUUAUCUACGAAUGCUUCUCCUCGGCAUCCAGCUAUCUUAGCCACGUGCUCGACUUUUCACUCGAGACUAUGGCAGAUUGGACAUGUUUAGAUUGGCGCUCGGUCAAUUUCACUGUCAUGCUCUCUACCAAGUGUUCCAUCAUUCUCAACUCUAAUCCGAGCUGGGCCACAAGCGACACUUCCCGGCGGGCCGCAUUGUUAGACAAAUAUAUCGAUACGUUGUGUUCUCGUUUGAACGAAUUCCAGAGCCUGGCGCCUACAGGUCUCUAUAAUCACAAAGGGAAUCACUUUGCAAAGCUUGUGUCAGACUGGAAGAACGUCAAGGCAUACCACCAAAAGUGGCUUCAGGGAGUUUCGCUAUCAGGAGAGGCACCCACAGACCCAGAAUACAGCCACAUAUUUACGGAGCUUUUAAAGUCUCCAGGCACAGGAUAUUGA